AUGUUUCUCACGCACGAUCGCGCACAAAGAACAUUAAUUCAAUUGGAUCUCACUCACGAAUCGUGUGGCUCACGCGUGACACGACAACUCACGACUCAUGCUCACACCUCUACUAUGGACAACAUAUGAAAUUAAUAACCCCUUUGACGAAGUAGCCUAAUGAGUCAUUAAGUGAUUUUUUGUAAAGGAAAAAGCAGCAAUCACCUUUCCUCUCUUAAGCUCCAGCGUUAGCAAAUUCCAAAUUUGGUUCUGGGUGAUUUGUUGUCGUUGUUGGCGCUUCCACAAUGUCUAGCGAGGAAGAUAAACCCCCAGCUCCGCCAGUGCGCCUGACCAGCAAUAGAGGAGGCGAUCGUGUUGGUGGCCCUAUAGCAGGCAGUGGAGAUGGACCCCCAGUGGACAUGAGGCCAUUGCCUAAAGAACCUGAUGAUCCUGACCGCAAGAAAAAGACUUUAAAAAAUAAAAUCAAAGGCUCUAAGCCCUCACAUCAAGAUUCUAAACCUAAUAUAUCUUAUCCGACGAAUUUCGAACAUACCGUUCAUGUGGGAUUCGAUGCUGUUACAGGAGAAUUUACGGGUAUGCCGGAAGCCUGGGCACGGUUGCUUAUGAAUUCGAAUAUAAGCAAACAAGAACAGAAGAAAAAUCCCCAAGCUGUUUUGGAUGUGCUCAAGUGGUUUGAUAAUACCACAAAACAGAGGCCAAGUUCCAAAUACAUGACAAAUGCCAUAACAACACAUUCGGGUUCAUCUUUAAGUCGAGUUAGUAGCAGCAGUCCCAGCAGUACACCAACCGAUAGCGAGCUUCAUGGUUCCAAUAGUGGUGGCAAUUUAAUUGGUGUCAAUAUUGGUAGCCUUAAUAUCGGUGGUGGUGGCAGUGGUUCAAAUUCCAGUAGUGCCGGUGGCUUAAAUAGUUCAGGUGGUCUAGUUACUUCGGGCGGUUUAGUUGGUAAUCAUCAUACUCCUCCUCAUCACCAUCAUCAUCAGCAGGCGCAACAACAACAGCAGUCACAUCAUCACCAUCAUCAUCAACAAUCGCCUCAUGCGGCAGCACUUCACCAUCAAUCGCCUCAACAGCAGCAACAACAUCAACAACAUGCUACAAUUAGUCAAUCGCAUUCAUAUAAUUUUGGUGGCAACACCGCCUCAUCAUCCUCCCAGCAUUCAUCGGCAAAUGAAGAUGAUAUACUCGGUACGCCCCAACCACCACCGCCACCUAUUGCAUCGAGGCCCGAACGUACGAAAUCCAUUUAUACACGACCCAUUGAGGAUGUUGUGCCACAACCUGCUGUCACGCCCAUUAUACCACCGCCCACGGCGGCUCCUGCGACCACACCAACAACGCCGCAACAUAAUAAUGUGGCACAACCACAAUUUAAGACACCAACGCAUGCGGUAGCAGCCAAUUCAACAUUGGAUAAGAAUAAAAAUAAUGCAACACCAACAACAGCAGCUGGAUAUUAUGAGGCUGAUCUAAUAAGCACAGCUUUAGAAACUGACCCCUCGACUGCUACUACGACUACUAAUCUUAAUCUACUAACGACAACUUGUACUACUACCACCACAACACCAACAACUACGACUGCUGCUGCAGCAUCAGCAGCAGUGGCAACAUCUCUUAAUGCUACACCUAGUACUAGUAAUCAAUUACAAUUUAUCGAUUGCAAUGCCACAACGACAACAACUAAUCAUGACUCUUCUGCUUCCUCCUUUUCAUCGUUCCCAUCGUAUCAUGAUGAUAUGACCACAUUACCACCCAUAUACUGUCCCUCCUCAUCGUCGUCGUACAUUGAUUCGGUGACAAUGCCAACACCGCCUCUGCCUACGCCAACUGCAACGAUACACCACCAAUCAACAUUGGGGGUGGAUGCUAAUGAUGGCGCUGCACCUGUGGCCUGUGCGGUAUCGACAAUAACUACCAUAACACCGGCUACACCUGAUGCCACAUACCAUCAUGGUGCCGUCAUUGCUCCUGCUUCCACGCCAACGGUCACAAUCACAGACUUGUAUGCCAACGAUGCGAAUACAAAUAAUCUGACGGCAGGAUCUGCUGCGGCGGUGGCGGCAGCUGUUCCCACACCCAUUGCCACUGCGGCAACGGUGACCCCCACCACGGGUACAACAACAACUACUACUACACAACAACGAUCCGGAGCUGCGAAAAAGAAGAAAAUGUCCGACGAAGAAAUUCUAGAAAAACUACGCACCAUUGUCUCGGUGGGCGAUCCCAAUCGUAAAUACACAAAAAUGGAGAAGAUCGGUCAAGGUGCCUCGGGCACUGUUUACACAGCCAUUGAAUCUUCCACCGGCAUGGAAGUGGCCAUUAAACAAAUGAAUCUUUCGCAACAGCCCAAAAAAGAACUGAUCAUCAAUGAAAUUCUGGUGAUGCGAGAAAACAAGCAUCCCAAUGUGGUCAAUUAUUUGGACAGCUAUUUAGUGUCGGAAGAGUUGUGGGUUGUUAUGGAAUACCUACCGGGUGGCUCGCUCACCGAUGUGGUGACCGAAACCUGUAUGGAUGAGGGUCAAAUAGCCGCCGUGUGCCGUGAAGUGUUACAGGCUUUGGAGUUCCUGCACUCCAAUCAGGUUAUACAUCGUGACAUUAAAAGUGAUAAUAUUCUAUUGGGUCUCGAUGGCUCCGUUAAGCUGACUGAUUUUGGCUUUUGUGCCCAAAUAUCACCGGAACAAUCGAAGCGGACCACCAUGGUGGGUACACCCUAUUGGAUGGCUCCCGAAGUUGUGACGAGGAAACAGUAUGGACCCAAGGUGGAUUUAUGGUCUCUUGGCAUUAUGGCCAUCGAAAUGGUCGAGGGUGAACCACCUUAUCUGAAUGAGAAUCCAUUAAAAGCCUUGUACCUCAUUGCUACGAAUGGCAAGCCGGAAAUUAAAGAAAAAGAAAAGCUAUCAACAGUAUUUCAAGACUUUCUCGAUCAAUGCCUAGAAGUGGAGGUGGAUCGACGAGCAAGUGCAAUGGAGUUGCUAAAGCAUCCAUUUUUAAAAUUGGCCCGACCUUUGGCCAGUUUGACCCCCCUCAUCAUGGCUGCCAAAGAGGCCACCAAGGGUAACUGAUUAAAGCAGCAACACUGAUUUUUGUUAAAAAUGAUUUCUUAAUUAAUAAUUGAAGGAAAAAAGUGUUGCUUUUGUUUUGUUCUCCUUUUUUUCGAAAUAUUAUUUCAGUAUAAAUAUAUUCAUUCUUAUAAUUGAUGAUUAUGAUUAUUUAAGGAAACGAAAACAACAACUAAAGUUAUAUAAGAAAAAAAAAUAACAAAUGAAGGGCAAAAUUAAAAAACAAUAGGCAACCAUAACAAGUUAUAUAAAUAUUUAUAUAUAUAUAAAAAAAUAAAUAGAUAUUAUUAAAAAGAAAUUAUUUAAAAUGAAAUGAAAAUGCUGGAAACGAAAGAAAAACGAUCUAUAUAUACAUACACCUACACAUACACACAUUAUAAAUUGAAACAGAAGGCGAAAAGAAAGUACUUUAUAUAUAAAAAAACACAAAAACAAAAGAAAGCGCGAAAAGAAAAACCACUAAAUCAUAUAUUAAUAAUAAAUAAUUAUUAUAUAUAUAUAUGAACAUUAACAUGAGAGAAACAAAAAAAAAAACGAGACAGGCAACAAAACAAACAAAAGAAAUAAGAAGUACUUUAAAUUAUAUUUAUAGUUAUAUAUAUUAUAUAUACAUACUUACAUUAUUAUUACUAUUAUUAUUAUUAAUUAAUAAUAACAACAACAAGAAGAAGAAGAACAACCACAACAACAACUCCCUAAAACAACAAAGCAAAAAGGCGUUAAACACCAUUGUAUUUAAAAGAAAAACCCUAACUCUACUUGUAAUUCAACAUUUAUUAGCUAUCUCUACUACAUUAUGUUUUUUUAUUUUUUCUUGUUUCGUUCUCUUUAUAAACCUCUUAUCCUAUUCAGCACUACCUCUUCCAGAAGACACGGAAAAAGUAACUAAAGUCUAUUUUGUUCAAUUUUUAUGUUUAAUUUAUUAAUCCACAAAGGAAAAUGUCUCAGUUUCAGUUUUAGCUUUCUUGUCCCCCUUUCCCCCCUAAACUCCUUUUUUGUGCAUUGCAUUUUUCCACAUUAAAGCAAGAAAAAACAAAACAAAAACAAAAACAUUUAAUUAAUUAUUUUAUUAUUUGCAAUUUUGUUUAGCAUAUUUGCUAAGAUUUAAAUUAACAAACACAUAAAUUUGCUUAAUAUAUAUUUAUAAAAAAAAUUUUCAUUCAAACAAAAGUUGUCAGCAUUUUAAAUGCUGUCCUCUCUACCUAUAAGAGUUUUUUUUUUUUCUUUACAAUUCGAUGACAA